ACAGAGAGAUACCUCUACCUGUACAGAGAGGAUACGGUCUCUGUGGCUAAGAACUACACGUACGAUGACGGCUGUGAGCCCUGCGGUACAGAUACCUUCAUCAGAGAACCCUUCAUUGUCAUGUUCUCCUCGAACUACACAGCUGUGAGGAACUUUGUUUUGAUACCUCAACACACGUCUCCAGACUCGGCAGUGAAGGAGGUUGACGCUCUGUACGAUGUGGCCACUGACGUCAGAGCUCGCUGGAACACCAAUGACAUAGUGCUGCUGGGGGACUUCAACGCAGGCUGUCGCUACAUGAGUGGAUCAGACUGGCAGCGGAUACACCUCUUCACAGACGACAGAUACCACUGGCUGAUACCUGACCACGCUGACACCACUGUCUCCAACACCGACUGUCCCUACGACAGGGUGGUGGCCACCACUGAGAUGAUGAGAGGAGUGGUCCCUGGGUCGGCUGAGGUGUUCAACUACAUGACACAACUGAAGCUCAGCCACAGCAUGGCAUUGGCUGUCAGCGACCACUAUCCUGUUGAGGUGAAGCUGAUUGGUCACGCCGCUGCUGCAUGAGCCCGC